CUCGAGGUUAUUUAUUUUAUUUUCCUGUUUUUGUAGAAUCGAUGCGAUAUGCAAGCGAUGCUUUAAAAAGGCCGCGUUAUUUAUUUAUACGAUAGUUUUAAUCAGCAUGGCAACCAGUAAACAGCAUCUGCCUUGUCCGGGAUUAACUUAAAAAAAGAGAUUCAUUCAUGGGCACCUGAUUUCAUUAAUAUCAUGUCAUGAACUGAUGGGUGAAAAAUGCAUCAAAAACAUUGCUUCCAGAAUUCAAAAGACAUUUAACAGCCGCUUCGCAACAGGCAAGUGAAGUCUAUUAUGGGAAAUCGUGUAUGUUGGCAGCCAUUCCGAGCAUCCGGAACCUGCUUUGAACGAGAUUCUGCAUAUUUCUGCAUCGUCAUUGUGGUACCAUCCACCUGCCUGAUUAAUCUUGCAAUAGAGUCGAAAAUAGAAGGAGGAAGUGCCAAGUUUGGGUUACCUGGAAGAACUUCCGGAAACGAAACAGUAAAAGAGACAUUUUAUUCUUCCUCAUUUGACAAGUGUCAAGUGUCUCUUGAUGUCGGACAAUGAAUCGAAGGGCUCUUCUUCGUCGGCCAUUGAAAACCAAUACGUCAUAGAGACACUCUCCUGCAUUACAUGCGGACAGUGCGUUCCUACAUUUGCUUUGAACGGAAUGUCAACUUUUUUGUCGCCUAUUCUGGCUACGACGGUAUAUCAUGCCGGGAUGAAAUGUUUUGGCGUCGGUCCUGUGUCAUUCCAUAUAAAGUACGUGAACACUAUAUCAUCGAACUUCGUUUCUCGCUUACAAUAAUUUUGCCGACUUACCGGACCUUGAAACCCCAUGCAAGUCCAAUUCACCUUUUUCGGGCAUGAAUCGACAGAUGCAAGUUUUUCCGAGAAAGAAAUGAAAUCAUUCAACUUUUUUUUUUGCAUAGCCUUUCAC